CAAAAACUUUAGCAGCUAGGAAGAAUUUUAUUACAGUUCACUACAGUAAAUGCCAUACGAUAUUACAGUAUUUUUUCACGUUGAUUAGAAGAGCAAACGAUGAACACGUCAAAAUGAGAUCAUAUAAGAAGUUGGCACGCAUGCAAAUGAACUCUUUUGGAUUUUUUUCACCCCAGUAUUUACCAUCAGUCACACUUUCUAUGGUUAAAAGUAAAAAAAACACGAGCUGACUAAAUUGAGUUUGUGUGUUUUCACAGGAGUUGACAACAGGUGGAGUGUCAUCCAUAUUCAACUCCUGCAGUUCAUUGCAUUGACUCUUCCGCAUAUAUUAGUCCAUGUGUUCCAAAGGUGAUCCAGAUGGGAGGAGAGAGGGAGCGGCUGUGUCUCAAAACACACUCAGCUGUCUACUUAGACAACAUUUACAUACACACAGCAUCUAAAGAUCAUUUACUUUUGUCGAAAUGAAGAAGAUUUCAUUCUAAAGAAUCUUGUCAAAUGUUCUAGGAUCUUAUAUUAUUUUGUAUAAAUUAAAGGCAGCUUACUAAGUUUCGGGACACAUUCCUGGAGUGUACGUGCCCCGCGCGCAUCUGUGCGUGUUAUAGAGCUCGAGCAGUGAUUCCUGCAUGUUACCCGCUUCAUAUUAGCCCAAAACCUGCUAAAGACAGUCUCGUGUAAAGCUCUGAGGACCAGGACACAUUGAGCACUGCAGAGCACACACAGAAGAGAAGAGGUUUCAUACCAGGCGGAAACAUCCUAUUUACCGUCAUCGAGUACUUUGAAGAGACCCCUCACAGUCGUUUCACUAUUAAAAGCCCAUCAUUUAAAGACGAUAUGGUGGACACACAGACGUUUUCCUGGCCUGUGGGAUUCGGUCUGAGUGCUUUGGAACUGGACGAGCUUGAUGAUAGUUCUCACUCGCUGGACAUGAAACCUUUGUCCACGCUCGACUACACCACCAUAUCCGGCGUGGAGUAUGAGCCGAGCCCGCCGCCGAGCGAGAUGCCCCACAUGAUGGACCUGACGCACAUGUACUACAGAACACAGGACAGCUACAGGGUGCAGGAGAGCAUCUACAGAGCUCAUGAGAACACCUACAGAGGCCACGACGGGAACUACAGAGCACAGGAGAACAGUUACCCUGCUGAAGAGAGCAACUACAGAUCACAAGAUGCCCAAAACACGAUCAAACUGGAACCCGAGUCUCCUCCUCAGUUUGCAGAGAGCAGCCUUUCCUUUUCCAAACCUCAUGAAGAUCUUUCCACUUCGGUUUUAAAUAUCGAGUGUCGUGUGUGUGGAGACAAAGCUUCUGGCUUUCAUUAUGGCGUUCACGCCUGUGAGGGAUGCAAGGGAUUCUUCCGUCGGACCAUACGGCUGAAGCUGAUCUACGACCACUGCGACCUGCACUGCCGCAUCCACAAGAAGAGUCGCAACAAAUGCCAGUACUGCCGCUUUCAGAAGUGCCUGAUGGUGGGCAUGUCACACAACGCCAUUCGUUUUGGUCGGAUGCCCCAAGCAGAGAAAGAAAAGCUUCUGGCUGAAUUCUCCACUGACGUGGAUCACAUGCACCCGGAGUCGGCCGAUCUCAGGGCCCUGGCCAAGCACCUCUAUGAGUCCUAUCUCAAGUACUUCCCUCUGACCAAAGCCAAAGCCAGGGCGAUUCUCUCUGGAAAGACCAGCGACAACGCCCCUUUCGUUAUUCACGACAUGAAGUCUUUGAUGGAAGGCGAGCAGAUCAUCAACUGCCGGCAGAUGCCGAUACAAGAGCACAGGAGAUCAGACAUGGGCAUCAUGCACGAGGUUGAGCUUCGCUUUUUCCACAGCUGUCAGUCUCGGUCGGCCGAAGCCAUCAGCGAAAUCACCGAAUUCGCCAAGAGCAUCCCGGGGUUCAUCAACCUGGACCUGAACGACCAAGUGACGCUCCUGAAGUAUGCCGUCAUCGAAGUUAUCAUCAUCAUGAUGUCACCCCUCAUGAACAAAGACGGCACGCUCGUCUCCUACGGCCAGAUCUUCAUGACCCGAGAGUUCCUCAAGAGCCUCCGCAAGCCCUUCUGUGAAAUGAUGGAGCCCAAGUUUGAGUUCUCUGUCAAGUUCAACAUGCUGGAGUUGGAUGACAGCGACAUGGCUCUGUUUCUAGCCGUCAUCGUCCUGAGCGGAGAUCGACCCGGGCUCUUGAACGUCAAGCCCAUUGAAGAUCUGCAGGAGACCGUUCUUCAUUCUCUGGAGCUUCAGCUGAAGACCAAUCAUCCCGACUCUCUUCAGCUCUUCGCCAAAGUCCUGCAGAAGAUGACGGAUCUACGGCAGCUGGUGGCCAAUCAUGUUCAGUUGGUUCAGCUGCUGAAUGAGACGGAGGUCGACUGGUGCUUACACCCCCUUCUGCAGGAGAUUAUAAGAGACUUGUACUAAUGUGUGGUUUCUGAUAGUCAUUUUGAGUUUUGGUUUACCGCUCUGAUGUGGGGGUGAUGUUUUUGCACUGUUUCAAACCUUUGUUGACGGAGAAACUAGAACAAAGCGCUGCUUGUUUGUCAGCGAGCGCUUUGUGAUUCGUUUCUGGCUUGUCGUUUGGUGCCCAUUGCAAGGACCCUACUAGAAUGGACAGUGUCACUGUGAAUAUGGGUGAAACAUGGCCCUUACAGAAAAAGCCAUGGGUAUAGAAGUGACACUCCAUUUUUUAUUAAUAAAAAAAAUAUUUUCUUUUUAAUACAACGGUUAAUUUGUAUCACUGUAAAAAAUGGAGUGCCACAUAUAUGUCCAACUUUUUUAUGUAAGACUGCAAUAAAAGUGACUCUUAAAAACCUUAAGUAUCUCGAUAUAUGCACCUGCUACUUAAUGUACCAAAGAGUUUGUGUUUGUCCCAUAUGAGAGGAACAAUACACCCGCAGCUUUAAUAUUUCUCACAGCUUUUCAUUUUGCUUUUAGCAAAUGAAACACUUUCUUAGAACUUUCUUAAAUUUGCUUCUUGCUUCAAUGAUGUGCCAUUUGCAUUUAUCAUGUUUGGACAUUUUGAUUGGAAUAUAACUGAUUUUCUCAGUCAGGAAGUAAAAGUUUAAAUCAUUCCAAAGCCUUAAUUGUUGACUUUAAUUGCCAAAAUGUAUGUAAAUAUAAAAACGGAUUUUACAAGGGAGCUUCUCUCUUGCGUUUGAACUCAAUUGUAUUUGAAUAUGUAAAUAAAUAUUUUCAAGCUAUAAUUAUUUUA